UCAUCACAGAUACAUACAUUUUCAGGUUAUACACAGCAAGUGGUUGAAUAUUUUUUGCUUAAGAAAUAUUUUCACCACCAGGAAAAACUUAAUCACCCCCCACACCAUGCUUAUUGUUCCAUCCAAUUCCAGCUACACUUAUCAAAACCUGCUGGAUCUGAACAAUGUGGAACGCUCAACCGACUCGCCGCUCAGCGUGAUUGGCCACAUCGACAUCAACGCCUACUUUGCCCAGUACGAGCAGAUCAGGCUGGGUUUGACGCCGCAGGACCCCGUCGUUUGUCUGCAAUGGAACUCUUUAAUUGCCGUUUCUUAUGCUGCUCGCGAGUACGGCAUAAGUCGCAUGGACUCGCUCCAGACAGCAAGACUCAAGUGUCCCGAUGUUGUCGUGGCCCACACAGCCGUUUUCAAGAAAGGAGAGGACGUCUGGAAGUAUGUGGACUAUUUGCCAGAGCCGGUGGAUCAUAAAGUUUCUUUGGAGCCGUACAGACGUGAGAGUCGCAAAAUGAUGCGGUUUUUCAAAGGGUUUUGCGAUUCCGUGGAGAAGGCCAGUGUGGACGAGUGUUUUUUGGACCUCGGGCGGAUGGUGCACCGCAAAAUGAUGGAGUUAUUCCCGUCGCUGCGAGAAAUCCCAGAAAACCCCAGGGACACAAUGCUGCCUCCGAUUCCAGACAAGCUGCCGCCUGAGCUGGAGGAGACACAUGGGGUUUUCAUUCCGGUGGAAAACGACGCCGUCAUUGUGAGCGACUGGGACGACAUUGCUAUGAUGAUAGGCUCGUUGCUGGGGUACGAGCUGCGGCGCAAACUCAAGAAGGAGAUGGGUUAUACCACGUCUUUUGGCGUUGGUCGGGUCAAGACGGUGGCAAAGCUGGCGAGCGACUUCAAAAAGCCCAACGAGCAGACCACGGUUUUCAACAGGGCGAUCGAUAACUUUUUCGAUAACUUCAGUCUCACGGAUUUCUGGUCCAUGGGCGGCAAGAUUGGCCGUCAGAUUUUGGAGACCUUACAAGCUGAUCCUGGCAGCCGCGAGAUACGUUAUAUCAGAGAUAACUUCAGUUUGGCAGAUCUCACGCGCGAACUCAGAGAUCCUCAGCUGGCUGAGAGACUGUAUAGGAUGGUUCGUGGCGAGAUGCGCCAGCCAAUCAAGCAGCGCACUGACGUCAAAUCGAUGGGCUCGCACAAGAACUUCCGCGGUAACUCUGUGAGCAAGCCGGAGGAUAUACUGGACUGGUUCAAAGUGUUUAUUGUGGACCUCGUUCUGCGUUUGCAGGAGCUGGACGACGAAAACGACGCCAAACGACGUCCGACCAAGCUGACUCUGUACAUGCGCAACCGCGCCAACGUGACAUGCUCGCGACAGUGCACGUUUCCGAUCAUUCGCGAUCUGGACGAGAUCCGCCGCAAGUGCCACGAGCUGAGUUUGAAGUUAUUGAAGGAGCUAGAGGAGAACUGGGACGCCCAGCGCCACGGGCCCAUGUUUCCGAGCACGCACGGAGGACUGGCGUUGAGCGGGUUCCAGGAACUCAGCGGGUACUCGCGGAUCGACGAGAUGAUUAAAAGUGGUCCGAGGAGGGAGCAGGAGGAACCGCCAAGGGCUGUUACAGGCGAGAAUUACAUCUGUCUGCAGUGCGGGCGCGAAAUGCCUGCAAGCGAGCGGACAGAGCACGAGGACUACCACUAUGCCAAGAUGCUGGAUAGCACGCUCAACAAGCAGAGUUAUGGCGAGCGGCUGCUGCAUGGCCGGGAAAAACGCGGCAGCAGUGGAGACGCCGGCAGGCCGUCCAAACGGACCAAGUCUGCCAAACAUGACGCACGGCAAGCUACGCUUCUUGGGUGGAGCAAGAAAAAUUAAUUUAUCUAUCAGUCAAUAAAAUCUUUCUAUAUUCAUCAAGUCGUAUUAGUAUACAUUAGACCUUUUCAGUGGAGUCGUGCUGCGUUUUGUGGAAGCUGGUCAUAAAUGCAAGACCCGGAGUGUAGUCGAUGUACAGCUGGUCGACUUCCUCCAAAGUCAGGCCCUUGGUCUCUGGAACAAAGGCAAACACAAAGAAGAUGGAGAAGACCACGCAGCCGAAGAAGACAAAUCCAUAUGCAAAGUGAAUGGCGUUCGUGAUAAAUGGAGUGAAGAAGGCGAUCAGGAAUCCCCACAGCCAGUUGGCAGACUGGGCAAUACCCAUACCCUUCUGUCUAAUUCUCAGUGGGUAGGUCUCGGAAACAACGACAAAGACACAUGGUCCCCAGGUGGUGGCGAAGAAGAAGAUGUACAGACACGAGAGGAAAAUCAUGGCGUCUCCCACACUCUGGUUUGGAUCCACGCCAAACUCGCCCUUGUACAGAAUCUUGGUUCCGAUGGCUGCGAAAAUGACCAAACACACGGCCAUACCGAUACCACCGCCAAUCAAAGUGAAUCUUCUUCCGAACCGGUCAACAACAAACAGCGAGCCGAUCGUGGAGGCAAAGUUGACAACACCAAGAACAAUCGAGGUCUCGAACGAGUCGGUCAGACCCACAGACUUGAAAAUGGUGGUACCGUAGUAGAAGAAAUAGUUGUCACCAGACAGUUGCUGCAAGGAUUGCAAGAUCACACCAACAAACAGUCUGUAGAAAAUCUUUGGCUUACCAGUGAACAGCUCGCCCCACGACGCAGAGCCGGCCUGGCGCUCGAUCUCAAUGGAGUUCAGAAUGAUGGCGGCCUCGUGCUCGACAAAUUCGGAGUCGAUUUCCACCUUGUUGACCUUGGCAAUCGACCUCUUGGCGUCCUCGAGCCUGUCUUUCUCGAUCAGGUAUCUUGGAGACUCAGGCAUGAACGUCAUACCAAAGAUCAUCAGCAGGGCCCAUGCAAAACACAGUCCCAAUGGAAUUCUCCACUGUCUCGAGUCGUCGUAGUUGUGGUAUGUACCGUAGGUCGUGCAGUAACCAAGGAAGAUACCAAGAGUGAUCAUAAGCUGGUAGCUGGAAACGAGAGCACCUCUAAUCUCCUUUGGCGAGGUCUCAGAGAUGAACAUCGGACACAGCACAGAAACGGAACCGACGGCCAGACCAGAAAUGAUUCUGCCGAUGAAAAACUGCACCCACGAAGUAAUCGAGGCGAUCUGGAUGACAAUACCAACAAUGUAAACAAUCAUCGUCAGCAUGAUACCGACUUUUCUACCUUUCGAGUCUGCAAGCCUACCAAGAGUCAGACCACCGAGAGCACAACCGAUGUUGAAGAUGGAGAUCAUUAAACCGGUUCUCACGUUGGACAAGUAACGCUCGCCUUCACCGUUAAUUUGACCGAAACGGUUUUUGAAGUCUGGCAUGUUAACGAAACCAGAAAUGGUACCGGUAUCCCAUCCGAAGACGAAACCACCGAAAGCGAUCAGAGAACAGAGCAAACCUGUACCGAGAUAUUGCAUGGCGCUCUUUCCGGUACUGAUAUCCUGAUGUUCAGGCAAGGUUGCCUUGUUGUGUGCUUGGUCCUCGUACACGUUCUCCGGAGGAGGCGUGACAGAGCCAAUAUCAGAUUUUUUGGAUUGUUGAUCCGCGUUAGACAUUUGUAUUUUUGAACAGAGAAUAAAACUAGGGAGAAAGGGCCAUAUUUAUACCUUAUUUGCUGUUGCGUAUUCUGCAAUUUUCGGAAAAACUUUUUUAAUUGUCUGGUUUUCUUUUACAUGCAUGACGGAGAACGCAGAAUCCCGGGUGGGGAGACUGUUCCGGAAAAACUUUUUCCAUUCUGCUCGAAUUCAACGGGGUUGCGGGAAAGCCGAGUAAUUACUCCCGUCUUUUGGAAGUCCAUAGGCACAUCCUAGCUCUACCUUCCCAAGCUCUGUUGCUGCUCUCUGUAACAGGUGUCCUUGUAUUACUAGCUGCAAAUUAAACGUACGUCAUGCCGAACAGAAAAAAAACGGGUGGAUGUUGUCCCCGCGCCCCACGUCUCUCCCUCAUUACCCCCCGAUUUUUCCGCCUACAAAGAGUGGAGUGGUUUUUGUUUUCCCCUGCAAAAUUUUCCGGAUCUGCAGCGCAGUCUAAGGCAAUUCUAUUGUUCUCCGUGUUUCUUUUUGGGUAUGGGGCGACUUCCCGCGCCACGAGUCGACAUAACGUUAUUCCGACGUGUUAAUAACAAACGGCUUGGCCCAGCUUCCGCCAAUAAUCGCUCAGCGCCGUAAUGGUGUCAUUUUGCAACCGAAUCCCGUUCAUCGCAGUCGAGUGGUCUAUCAUCUCCACAGAAUGCCCUAAUUGUUUCAUGCCCUGCACAAACUCCUCUCUUGCUGGGUUUUCCACAUAUAAGGUCUCCGGAAGCAGCUGGUGGUGUAGCCGCGGAAACGCAAUCGUCUCCACCAACCCCAUGUCGUAGUGGUAUGUUCUGACCAAUGCCUCCAGAACUGCCGUGGUAAUGCGGGAGCCACCGGCCGCUCCAAUCACCAUGUCCACCUUGCCCGUUGCCCGGUCCACGACGAUGCUCGGCGAUGUCGACGACAGCGGCCUCUUGAACGGCUCGAUGUAGUUGUACACCGAAGGCUGCAGCCCAAAUGCGUUUUUCGACGUUGGUAUGGAAAAAUCAUCCAUCUCGUCAUUCAAAAUUAUUCCGGUCACAGGGUCGUGCACCAGCGAACCAAAGAGUAAAUUCACAGUAGUGGUGAGACUCACCGCAUUGUGGUAUCUGUCCACCACGCUCAGGUGCGAAGUUCCGUGCGGCUCGUUGGGCUGAUAUGCGGGCUCGUACGCCUGCCAUGGAAGUGUCCUGUUGUCGUUGAUUUUCCCAGCAGUGGCACCACACCACUCCUCGCUGGCGAGCCGCGAAUACCGUGCAUCGCGGAACUCCCGGGCCGUUUUGUUAUCGCUCAAAACCCCAACGUCUCCCAAGUUGCUCCGCACACUCGCAAGCCACUUCAUUGUCUCCACCAGCCGGUGCGACUCUCUCACCGCAAAGUCUUUAUUCUUUGCCGGCUCAAAUGUGUCUAUGAUUUUGAGCCCGGAAAGCAACGCCAGUCCUGACGACGCCCCAGAGCUCGUAUAUAUGUCCAGUGGGCGCCGCGAAAAAUUGUUCAUCACGAGUGCCGGCUCGAUGACGGCCUGGUACCGUGCAAAGUCCUCAGCCUGCAGCACGCCGCCCAUCCGUUGCACCUGGCGGGCAAGAUGAGGAGCAAUCGGCCCGUGGGGGUCGUAGAAGAUGGUUGCCGAGCCGUUCUGCGCAACCUGGCGCAGCGUUGCCGCCAGCUGCGGACGUCUCAUCAGCUCGCCCGGCCGCAGUAGACGGCCGUCUUUGAACACAAAUUCCCAGUCGCGCCUGUAGUCGUGGAAAUACGACUUGUACGCCGACAGUGCCAACCCCAGCAGCUCGUUCACCUCGAACCCGCCUUCCAGGAUGUCCACAACGGGCAUGAUCAGCUCCUCCCAGCUGACCUUUCCCGAGCCGUGCAGUCUGUGCAGCUCAUAUAACCCUUGCAGCUCGCCUGGAAUGGCCACGGCAAGACCUCCAAACUUUGACAACACCUCACGGCCGUUGAACAUGUCCUUGUGCGCCUUUGCAGGGGCCAUCUCGCGCGCGUCGAUCGACACAGCGCCGUCCUCGCCAUGUUUCCUGGUGGUGAUGAACGCGCCGCCGCCAAUUCCUGCCGAAAACAUGGUAUUUGUGGCUCCUAUGCACAAACAAGUGGUGACAGCUGCGUCGGCAGCAAACCCCCCUUUCUUGAGGAUUUCGACCCCCAGCUGCGAACAGAGGGCAGAGUCUGACGCCACACCCCCAUGGGAGCCGCGUGCCGUCAAGUUCGUCUGCGGAUUCCAAGUAGGGCCGCCGAUAAAGGGGACAUGGGCUGGAUAUUUUGGCAGAUCGGGAGGUUUGUAGUGGGAUGGCCACGACAGAUAGACAACAAACAGCGCCAUAAGGGCAACUGCCGUGACAACAAGCUUGGUUCUGAGCCUAUAUCGAAGUCCCAGUGACUUUUUGUGGCCGGCUGACAGACCCAAUAACGGCUGAUCCUCAAAGCCGUCCAUGUAUUAGUAAGAAAUAAUUA